GCGCUCGCAAGCUGCUGGGGCGGCGAGUUUUCUUUGCUCCGGCCCCUCCUCCCGCCCUCCCCGCGGGGAGCCGAGCGGCCGCCUAACAGCCUCUCGCAAGUCUCUCUCACACUUCCCCGCCGUCACCCCAAAGGAGCAGCCGCUCCUCCUCGCGCCUCUGCCGCCGCCGCGGCGCCCGCGGAGCUCUUCUCCCGCGCUUCGCUCCCCCGAUGGAGCCCGGGCGCCGCCGCCGCUGCCCCGAGCCCUGAACGGGGACGCCCCGGCCGAAGGAACGUGCCGCCCGGCCCGAGGGCGCACCAGGCACACGCCAAGGCCGAGGGCCGCCGAGGGUGGCAGGCGCGGGCUUCGGGAAGGAGAAAGUGCUGCUCUCCCGGGUCACUUGGCCGGCGGCGGGGGGACCAUGGCUUUGAAGGACACGGGCAGUGGCGGCAGCACCAUCCUGCCCAUUAGCGAGAUGGUCUCCUCGUCCAGCUCGCCGGGCGCGUCUGCGGCCGCCGCCCCGGGGCCCUGUGUGCCCUCGCCCUUCCCCGAGGUAGUGGAGCUCAACGUGGGAGGCCAGGUCUAUGUGACCAAGCACUCGACGUUGCUCAGCGUCCCGGACAGCACUCUGGCCAGUAUGUUCUCGCCCUCCAGCCCCCGGGGCGGCGCCCGACGCCGAGGAGAGCUGCCCAGGGACAGCCGGGCGCGCUUCUUCAUCGACCGGGACGGCUUCCUCUUCAGGUACGUGCUCGAUUAUCUGCGGGACAAGCAGCUCGCGCUGCCGGAGCACUUCCCCGAGAAGGAGCGGCUCCUGCGCGAGGCCGAGUACUUCCAGCUCACCGACCUGGUCAAGCUGCUGUCGCCCAAGGUCACCAAGCAGAACUCACUCAACGACGAGGGCUGCCAGAGCGACCUGGAAGACAACGUCUCCCAGGGCAGCAGCGACGCGCUGUUGCUGCGUGGGGCGGCCGCAGCCGCGCCCUCGGGCCCGGGAGCGCACGGCGGCGGCGGCGGCGGCGGCGGGGGUGGCGCGCCGCCGGACAAGCGCUCGGGCUUCCUCACGCUCGGCUACCGCGGCUCCUACACCACGGUGCGAGACAACCAGGCGGACGCCAAGUUCCGGCGUGUGGCGCGCAUCAUGGUGUGCGGGCGUAUCGCGCUGGCCAAGGAGGUCUUCGGGGACACGCUCAACGAGAGCCGCGACCCUGACCGGCCGCCCGAGAAGUACACGUCCCGCUUCUACCUCAAGUUCACCUACUUGGAGCAGGCUUUCGAUCGCCUGUCCGAGGCUGGCUUCCAUAUGGUGGCGUGUAACUCCUCGGGCACCGCCGCCUACGUCAACCAGUACCGCGAAGACAAGAUCUGGAGCAGCUACACCGAGUACAUCUUUUUCCGACCACCUCAGAAAAUAGUGUCACCUAAACAAGAACAUGAAGAUAGGAAACACGACAAAGUCACAGAUAAAGGAAGUGAAAGUGGGACUUCCUGUAAUGAGCUCUCCACUUCCAGCUGCGACAGCCACUCAGAGGCGAGCACUCCCCAGGACAACCCACCCGGUGCCCAGCAGGCAACAGCGCACCAACCCAGCACCUUAACAUUGGAUCGCCCUUCCAAAAAAGCACCUGCGCAGUGGAUGCCCCCACCAGACAAACGCAGAAACAGCGAACUCUUUCAGACACUCAUCAGCAAGUCCCGGGAAACGAAUCUAUCCAAAAAGAAAGUCUGUGAGAAGCUAAGUGUGGAAGAAGAAAUGAAAAAGUGUAUUCAGGAUUUUAAAAAAAUCCACAUUCCAGAUUAUUUUCCAGAGCGCAAACGCCAGUGGCAGUCUGAACUGUUGCAGAAGUAUGGCUUAUAGUAAUCGUCACAUUCCUGCGGUAUUUCGAUGACAUUCGACGUUUACUGCAGUGUCACCACCUGGCUAUAUCCUGACGAUGGUCAGUGUGAUUCUUGCUGCUCUCCCUUUUUGUGAACAGUGGAUGUGGGACGGUAUUUUCUUUCAUUCUUUUUUGUUGUUGUUGUUGUUGUUUUUAGAAAUAUGAUUUUGAAAAACAAAAAAUAAUAAGUGUUUAUUCAAAAUGGCAUAUCUGAUUCAAGCCAUUCUGCAAGAAUGAAAGUAAAAUGUGCAUGAUCAAGAAGCUUCGAAUCUUGAUUUUUGAACUGUGGUCAACUGGAUAUGUUUGUCAUUUUGUAACUCACCAAAAACAAGUCAUCGUAUCUCUCCAACGAAAAUGACAGUAUGGAUGAAGCAACAUCAAUUAAAAUGUUAGAUGAUGGUUUUGGGACCCAAAUCCAAACCUGUUUAAAUGUUAAUGCAAUAAAACAAGUUAUUAUUUUUGCAUGAACACAAUGUAACAAAUAAAUCACAAGACAUAGGGAAGAUCUGUUUGUUGCUUGGAAAGAAAAAAAAAAUUACAAAAAAAUAAAGCAAAAAAAAAAUGUUUCAGGCGAAGCCUAUAAAUGUAAACUGUCUAGGAGAUUGAUUUUAUUUGUUCUGGAUCUGUGAUAUUUUUGUGUAUGUGUAUGGUGUUCUGUAUGUUAAGAUGGUGUAAAUACGCCUUAUGCUGUUGUGUUCUGGCACUGACAUUCACAUAUUAAUGCAAGUCAUGAUUAUUUCUGUUAAAUGAGUCCUUACAUCAGGCUGUGAAAAUUGGUAUAAUGAUCUGAAAGAUCCUAUUAUCCUGUUAAUCAAAAUAAUUGAGGAAAAUGGUAAAGAGCUUUAUGUAUUUAUUAAAAAAAAGGAAAAUGUAUUAGAA